CUCAGCAGCACCAGCCAGUCAGUCAGCCAUAAUUUCUCCCUCCAUCCUAUCAACAAGCCCAGCCAUGCCCCGCGUUGUUCUAGUGAGUCUGACGAUCCUUCUCCUGGCCUUAAUCGGGCCACUCCUGAGUGCUGCCCAUCCGGUCUCCCAACGCGCCCGCUCGUCGGCGCUCUUCCACGGCACCGCUACCUGGUUUCGUCCGAACCUGGGCGCAUGUGGCGAGAUGAGCUCAGAGAAUGAUUACAUGAUUGCGAUGAACAGCCCUCAGUACAAGUCCGGUGGGCCGUGCCACAAGAACGUGAUCAUCAGGAACAAGUCGAACGGCAAGAGCGUCGUGGCCAAGGUGCUUGACGAGUGCCCUUCGUGUCGUUGGGGCUCUUUGGACCUCUCGCCCUCCGCUUUCAAGGCUUUGGGUAAACUCGAGGACGGCGUCUUGCCCAUUGCCUGGCAAUGGACUUAA